AUGGCUGAUCCCGCAAAGAUCUCAGUCACUUUCGAUGUUCCCAUCCUCGGUCAGAUCCUCGAGGCCGUUAGAGCUCUCGGGGCUCAAUCAGCGGAUUUCUCAGUCCGCCUGCAAGCGAUUGAGGCCCGGCUGACUGUGGCACCCACGGCCGACGGCGCCUCUUUCAUCGGGCCAGACGACAGAUCGCCCUACCACCGCGCUGGCGACGAUGGUCAUAUUACCCCUAGUGCCGAUGAAGCCUUCGCUACUGCAUUUCAUUCUGCCACUUAUCAGCCGGAGUUCGCUCCAGAUCAGACGUCUUCAAUCCCUAAGCACGUCUUCGCAUCCAACACGCGACCUAGAUCCGGCCGCCCAGCUGAUAGAUCAGCGCUCGGAAAGAAGCGAAAGCGCGCUGACAGUGAUCAAUCGGGUCGUACUGCACCAGGCUUCCAGAUGAGAGAGUCCGCGAACCAGAUCGAAGAGAACAGGAGAGAAACGUUGGCUCGUUCACGCGAGGCAACUCCUAUUGCUGAGGCACCUUCGCGCUCAGAAUCUCCGUUAGACAAGAGAGAUGCCGAAUCCACCUCAGAUGGUCUGGACUCUAUGCCUCCGCUCCGCCCACAACAGGCGGCUUCGAUGCUACCGCCUCGAGCUCGUUCCCGACGCCAUCAAAGCCCACAGGACCAUCAGCCCGGUGAGAGUGUCCUUGAAGCCGACGAGCUUCCCAACAUCAGUCAGAGUGGCAGAGUCCGCAAACAGACGCCUCGCCAGACCGGAUUCGUUGGAUUGCCUACCAAAAAAGAGAUCAAUCGCGACUCGAGACUGACAAAGCGAGGUGGUCAAAGAUAG